AUGGUACCUUGGCGAAUGAGCUGGGUCUGGCUGCUGAGUCAGGUGAGAACUGCGGAGCCCUGGUCUGCCCCCAGCCAUGCUGGGGCUCCCGGCGCCUCCGGUGGGGUGGUGGAGGGGGGCCUGGACCUGGCAGGGGACCCCAGUGUGCAGCUGGCCUCCCCCAACACUGAGGCCCCCCCUGAGCCCUCCGUCGGCAUCCAGGGCGAGCAGUGGAUCCGGCAGUGCUCCCUGAGCGAGUACCAGCGCAUCAGGGACACAGAGGGAGACCAGAUCUAUCCCAUAUGUCUGCCACGGGAGAUGCGAACCCGUAGGGCCCUGCUCAUCUGCAACAUCGAGUUUGAGCACUUGAGCUGGCGGAAUGGGGCUGAAGUGGAUGUGGAGGGGAUGACGAAGCUACUGGAAGGGCUGGGCUACGUGGUGGAUGUCCAUCGCAACUUAACUUCUGAGGAGAUGGCUGCGGUCAUGAAGAAUUUUGCGGGUCACAAAGAGCACUGCACCUCUGACAGCACCUUCUUGGUCUUCAUGUCCCAUGGGGUCAGGGCUGGGCUCUGCGGGACCAAGAGCAGAGACGAGACCACGGACAUCCUUUCCCUCGACACCAUCUAUGAGAAAUUCAACAACAAACAUUGCCAGGCGCUGCUGGGCAAACCGAAAGUGGUCAUUAUCCAGUCCUGCCGUGGAGGUAAGGUUGGGUCCGUGAUGGUGAGCGACUCCGCAGACCCUGCCAUGCCCACUCCCAGCUCGGCUCACAAGAUCCCUGCAGGGCUGGAAGAUGAUGCAAUCUGUGAAGUCCACCUGGAGAGUGAUUUUGCCACUUUACAUUCCUCCACACCUGAUACUGUCUCCUGGAGAUGCCCAGUAACAGGCUCCCUUUUCAUCCAGCGCCUGAUAAAGCAGUUUCGAAACCAUGCCUGUAACAAGGACUUACAGGAGAUCUUCCGAAAGGUCCAACAUUCCUUUGAAAAAUUCCCUCGGCAGUUGCCAGCACAAGAACGGACUACAAUGCUCAGGAAGUUCUACCUCUUCCCAGGCCACUGA